CAGCGGGCCUGGACGGGCUGUGAUGCUCCAUGAUACUGAGCAUGCGCACAGCAGUCACCGUAGCCCGACUUAAAAACAGCUGGUCUGCGAGGACAGCUUCUGGAGAGAAACGUGCCGCAGAGCAUGGAGACACCGCGAGGAUUUGGAUGUACGGAUUAUAGCUGUUCGAGUGGUUUCACGGCAAUACCAAAUAAUAAAUAUGAAAGAGGAUUAGUGGCAUACAGCGCGCGAGAGAGACGGAUGAAGGGGCGGCCAGACAGUAGUCACAAACGCAAAAGCUACGAAUACUCUGACACGACUGACGCUUACAACUGAAGAUAUAUAGACUGAAACUUAAAGGAAGGCUGCUAUUUCUGAACCAGUUCGUGGACCUAGUUGUCACUUGUUUGAUUUUUUCGUGUCACCUUAAAAAAAGGUUCUGUGGAAGCUCCGCCUCCUGCUAUUAGCGAUUAGCGUUGGUGUUGAGCAGCGAGGCGAUGGCCUGCCAUUGGCUGAGCUGCGUCUGAAGAUCCAGACUGCACUUCUAGGACAAGAAGUUCAGCGAAGUCGGAUGGAAGGUCAAAGAGGAACGCCGUAGUGGACAAGAGUGGGCGGAGCCUGGGAUGAACUGACAGGGAAGGCCUCACCAGGACAUGCUGCUGUAACACCCCUUCUGACCUCAAACCCGCCCCCCCCGCUGAGCUCCUUCCGGGAGUCCGUGCGGCCAGGCCGCAGGGGAGGGGGAGGGGCAGGGGGCGGGGCCAGAGAUGGCAAAAGCCUUCUACAGGCUGCAGCGCUUCCUGCGGCGGACCCAGCUGCUCCUCCUCUUCCUGGGCGUGGCCUACAUCAUGGCGGGGAGCGUGCUCCUGCUGCAGCGCGCCAGCCUGGCCGUGUCCCAGCGGGGUGGGGGCGGGGCCGGGGGCGGGGCCGUACCGCCCGUCCCCUCCCUGCCGGUGCCACCCCAGGCCCUGGAGCCGCCCGCCCUCAGGGGGGGGCACUCGCACCGAGGCCCCGGGGCAGGGCGCGGCGGGGGGGCCGCGGACGAGGGAAGCAGCCCCCGCUGGCUGGUGUCCCGGAACCUAGAGAUCCGGCAGCUACGCCGGCGCUGGUUCCACAGCCUGAUGAGCGAGCAGGACGGGCCGAGAGCCGAGCGGGUCCAGCCCCGCAGGAAGGUCCGGCACAAAGGGACGUACGUCGGCUGUUUCCUGGACGACUCCAAGGACCGGGCUUUGAAAGGCAGCGUGUUCUACGACUUCCGAAAAAUGACCAGCACUCUGUGCCAGGACACCUGCUCGGAAAGCGGGUACCAGUUCGCCGGGCUGGAGUUCGGGUCGGAGUGUUACUGCGGCAACCGCAUGCCGCAGAGCCGCACCCGGGAGGAGGAGUGCAACCUGGACUGCAGGGGGGAGAAGGGCGCCCCCUGUGGCGGGGUGGGGCGCCUCUCCGUCUACAAGGUGGAGGAGCAGCCGGCGGGGCACAAGAGAUACAGGAACGCCCGUUACCGCGGCUGCUUCAGGAGGCCGGCCAACGUCUCCGCGGCCUUCCUGUUCCACGCCGCCCAGGCCAACCUGACGUCUCAGUCCUGCGUGGCCGUCUGCACGGACAAGGAGCUCCCGCUGGCCGCUCUCCGGAGGCCGGACUGCUUCUGCGGCUACGCCUCGCCCCAGUUCACCCUCCACCAAUCGGACGCCGAGUCCCGCUGCGCCACGGCUAACGGCAGCGGCCCCACGCCCCCCAGCGACCGCGAGUUCUACCAGGUGUACCAGACACCUGUGCAAGACUCCAGGUGCAUGGACAGGAAAUUCCUUCCGGAGAAAUCCAGCCAGUUGGUGGCGCUGUCCAGCUUCCCCGGGGCGGGCAACACCUGGGUGCGUCACCUGGUGGAGCUGGCGACCGGCUACUACACCGGAAGCUUCUACUUCGACGGCUCGCUCUACAACAAAGGGUUCAAAGGGGAGAAGGACUACUGGAAGAGCGGGCGGACGAUCUGCGUGAAGACGCACGAGAGCGGCCGGCACGAGAUCGAGAUGUACGACGCCGCCAUCCUGCUGAUCCGCAACCCGUACCGCUGCCUGAUGGCCGAGUUCAACCGCAAGUGCGCCGGUCACCUGGGAUACGCCUCCGAGCAGCACUGGAGGAGCAAAGAAUGGCCGGAGUUCGUGGGCAGCUACGCCUCCUGGUGGGCCUCGCACGUCCUGGACUGGCUGCGGUUCGGCCGGCGGGUGCUGGUGGUGCACUACGAGGAGCUGCAGGGGGCGCUGUUCCCCACGCUGCGCGCCAUCACGUCCUUCCUGAGCGCCGGCGCCAGCGAGGAGCGGCUGCUCUGCGCCGAGAGCAACCAGGACGGGCACUUCAAGCGCCCGGGGGCGCGCCAGCGCGGCUUCGACCCCUUCACCCCCGAGAUGAGGCGGCUCAUCGACGGGCACAUCCUGGCCGUGGACCGCGCCCUCCGGGAGCGCAACCACACCGGCCUGCCCUCGGAGUACCUGCCCAGAUGAUGAGCGGUGGCUCACCCCCCUCGGGCACAGGACCCCCCCCCACAGGAUCUGGCCCCGCCUCCCACAGGACCUGGGCCCCGCCUCCUGCAGGAUCUGGCCCCGCCUCCCACAGGUUCUGGCUCCGCCUCCCGUAGGUUCUGGCCCCGCCUCCCACAGGACCGGGCCCGCCUCCCCCAGGAUCUGGCUCCGCCUCCCCCAGGACUGGCCCCGCCUCCCCCAGGACUGGCCCCUACCUCCCACAGGACCGGGCUCCGCCUUACACAGGACUAGGCUCCGCCUCUCAUAGGACUGGGACACGCCCGCUCAAGGACUGGGCCUUGCUCCCCUCCCCUACUGUUGAAACGGUUUUGCCACAGAACAGAACUGCUCAUUUAUCUCAUGAGAGGAUGGAGCAUUUUUUACAUUAAUUUGAAAUAUACGUUUUUGCUUUGUUCUGUGUUUUUAACCCACCCCCCUCCCAACCCUUCCUCCCACAAAUCUGUAUUUCUUUCCUUAAUCUUGGGGUUCUCUUGUUCAUGAGGAUGCUGGUGUCACAUAGAAAGGUGACCCCCAUGGGUCGCUAUUACAGAAAAGUGCCCCCCCCUCUUUAUAGAGGUGUAUAGGAAAGGGUUUCUAUACACUUCACUGGAAAAUGUGAGUAUUUAUUCAAUUUCACAACCUACAAUGGCUUGCAUACUACGGAAACAACCCCCAAUACAAAAAAAAAUCUACACUGCAAUACAUUUGGGCCAUUUUCUAUGCUUUGGAAAAUUAACCCAAUCCCAAAAACCUAAAUUACAAUACGUGGGUCAACAUCUUAUACUAUAAAAAUUAUGUGGGGGUUGUUUUUUAUUUAGAAAUGUGAAAUGUCGGGUCAGUUUUCUAUAUGACACUGGAAAGCACCAGAAUAUCUGUCUCUCUCUCUGUCUCUCUCGACUCUGGCAACAGGAAACUG